GGACAGGUCGCUGCCCCGGCCCGGGCAGGCUCCAGCUGCCUCCGCAGGUGGGCCAUAUUAUUUGGACGUCUUCCCCUCCAAGGCUCACAUCAGGCAGAAUGCCUUAUGUUUAAAAAUAUACCACUAUCUGAAGACUCUGAGGUCCCAUCUUACCCUCUUCCAUGGUAAUUCCUUCUGCUGGCCUUUGUAUGUGGACCACAUUCAGUCCUGUUCAGCCCAUCUGAAUUGUAACUUAAAUGUAGUGACUUUCUGUGCUGCUGUCCUGUCUUGCACCAAAGUGGAAUGUGCUCAGAGGGUGGUGGAAAGUAUCUGUUCUUCAACCUCCCUGCCAGGAAGCAUGAAGAAAUGAUGUGUUUAUGAGAUAGUGACACUUACUUGAAUCAUCCAAAAAGCCCGAGACACCCUCAUUCCCCUGAGCUGAGGGAAGGACAUGAUCCCUUGUUAACAGAGCUCUUUGAAUUUACAAGCAUUUGCUAUCUCACUCUAGUGUGUUCUGCACAAUGACAGGCUCUCAGUCUGGUGUAAAGCUGAUGGGUGGGAGCAAAGGUAAAGAAUGAUGUAAUGCAGCAGCACCCAGAAAGCAUCUUUUGUGUGAAUUUUGAAAUGGCUACUCCGUAGUCAUCUCCUGAUGAAUCAGACGUGAGGGGCUUCUUUGUGGAGCCAACCAUUUGUACAUCAACUGGAAGCAGGAGGAGACAUUCAGUCCAAGAGCUCUUUCUGAAAAUGUAUUUAACUUUUCUUUUGCCAGUCACUACCAGCAUGACCUCAUACACUUCUAGUACAAUGGUGUGGCUAAGCCUUUGAGUACACAGCCAUUACAUCAUCGCAGCAAAUUAGAGAGGGAGGUGGGGAAAGAGGCCUUGUUGUUGUCAUGGCCGGUGAGAUGAUCAGGACCCAACCCAUUGUCGCCGAGAAGUUGGUGGCUUUGCUGGAGAGCGGGACACAGAAGUUGCUGCUGAUUGAUAGCCGCCCCUUUGUGGAAUACAACACCUCCCACAUCCUGGAUGCCAUCAACAUCAACUGCUCCAAGCUCAUGAAGCGCAGGCUGCAGCAGGACAAAGUUUUGAUCACAGAGCUCAUUCAGCAUUCAGCAAAACACAAGAUUGAAAUUGACUGCAAGCAGGAAGUGGUGGUGUAUGACCAAAGCUCUAAAGAUGUGACCUCUCUCUCAUCUGACUGCUUUCUUACUGUGCUCCUGGGCAAACUGGAGAAGAAUUUCAGCUCUGUGUAUCUGCUUUCAGGUGGAUUUGCUGAGUUCUCCAGCUCUUUCCCUGGUCUCUGUGAAGGAAAAUCCACACUCAUCCCUACUUGCAUUUCUCAACCCUGCCUACCUGUUUCCAACACUGGCCCAACUAGAAUCCUCCCUCAUCUCUACCUUGGGUGUCAGCGAGAUGUCCUCAACAAGGAGCUGAUGCAGCAGAACGACAUUGGCUACGUGCUGAAUGCCAGCAAUACUUGUCCAAAGCCUGAUUUUAUUCCAGAAUCCCAUUUCCUCAGAGUGCCUGUGAAUGACAGCUUUUGUGAGAAAAUUUUGCCUUGGUUGGAUAAAUCAGUCGAUUUUAUAGAAAAAGCAAAAGCAUCCAAUGGCUGUGUGUUGGUGCACUGUUUAGCUGGGAUAUCUCGCUCUGCCACAAUUGCCAUUGCAUACAUCAUGAAAAGAAUGGAUAUGUCCUUGGAUGAAGCUUACAGAUUUGUUAAAGAAAAGAGGCCAACCAUUUCUCCCAACUUCAACUUCCUGGGCCAGCUGUUGGACUUCGAGAAGAAGAUCAAGAACCAGAGCGGUCAGCCUGGCCACAUCAGCAAGCUGAAACUCCUGCACUUGGAGAAGAGCAGCGAGCAGGUGCUGGAGGCGGGACAGAGCAGCCUCUCUCCCAGCCAGCUCUGCCUCUCCGCCGCCUCGGAGCUGCUGGAGCCCAAGCCCACGGACGGCGGCGCCGGCCCCCGCGGGCACCCGGCCCCACUGGAGGACGGCCCGCUGGUGCAGGGCAUCAACGGGCUGCACGUCUCCCUGGACAAGGUGGAAGACAGCAACCGGCUGAAGCGCUCCUUUUCCUUGGAUAUCAAAUCCGUAUCCUACUCAGCGAGCAGCAGCUGCGUGACCGCAUCGGUGCAGGGCUUCGCCUCCUCCGAGGACACGCUGGAGUACUACAAACACGCGGCUGCCCUGGAGGGUAGCAGCAAGCUGUGCCAGUUCUCCCCCGUGCAGGAAGUGUCGGAGCAGAGCCCGGAGAGCAGCCCCGACAAGGAGGAGGCGGCCCGGCCCCAGGAGGCCCCGGGCCCGUGGCCGCUGGACAGCGCGGCCUCACGACCACACGCAGGCCGGGGCGGCGGCGGCGCGGCCGCGCCUCGGCCCCUCCUGUACCCCCUGCACCGCAGCGGCAGCGUGGAGGACACCUACAGAACGAACUUCGUCUUCGGGCUCUCCACAAGCCAGCAGCACUUGGCCAAGUCCGCCGCGGGGAUGGGCCUCAAGGGCUGGCACUCGGACAUCCUGGCCCCGCAGCCUUCGUCCCUCACCAACAGCUGGUAUUUUGCCGCCGAGUCCUCGCAUUUCUACUCGGCCUCGGCGGUGUUCGGGGGCGGCUCCGCCUUCCCCGCCUACAGCUGCAGCCAGCUGCCCUCGGGCUGCGAGCAGCCCAGCGCCGUGCGUCGCCGGCCCCGCCAGGCCGACCGCGGCGACUCCCGGCGCAGCUGGCACGAGGAGAGCUCCUUCGAGAAGCAGUUCAAGCGUAGGAGCUGCCAGAUGGAGUUCGGGGAGAGCAUCCUAUCGGACAACAGGUCCAGAGAGGAACUGGGCAAAGUAGGCAGUCAGUCGAGUUUUUCAGGCAGCAUGGAAAUCAUUGAAGUGUCCUGAGGGGCGAGGCGCGUGUGACUGGCAGGGAUGCUUCCCCUUUCAGGCCGCUCCCCCAGCGUGUGAGAGGUCCCUGUAAAUCUGAAACUUCCGGUAAAAAGGUGGAGGGAGGGAAGAAAAAGAGGCUUUGCUGUGAGCUCGGGAAAGGGUGGUACUGCAGGGAAGUGACCACGAUGUCUGCCCGAGGAGACCAGGUGUGCUGCUGGGCUUUUCCCCUCGCCGGGAGAAAGGCAGAACGCGGACCUUUUCCUGUCAGAGGAAGCAAUUCUGUGUGAUGGAUUGCACAUCCUUUCUGUGCCUUUUAACAAGGAAGCUCUCCUGGUGUCAAACCCUUUCUCUGGUUCCACUGAACCCAUGCUCCUACUUGUCAGAACUAGUUUUGUUCUCCCCUCUCCAUGCCCCACGUCUUCACCAGUGCACCUUAGCCCUGACACUGAGCCAACCUCUGGAGGGAGACCUUUUUCCUGUAAGAAAAGGAGACUGGGAACGAUUCCAAAGGCCACAGGGACUGGUUACAGCAAGGCUGGUCUGAACACACCGUUCAGACAAAUGUAAAUACUGGUGUAACUAUUGUUCUAAUGGAUAUGCUUUAGGUGAUUCACUAGAGAGCUGCUUCAGAAAAAAGAAAAAACCAGUACCUCAAAAAUACACAAAAUAAACUAGGGCUUUUUAUGUCUGCCACGUGCUGGUAGUUCAUAAGCAAUGUGAACAAGUAAUGACUGGCCACAUUUGAUUUUUUUUUUUUUAAAGCUGUCUACGCACAAGUGUUUCAGUUGGCUCAGCAGCAAUUCUUAAAAGAUGAAUGAGUCAUAUUUAGGACUGUUUCCCCUAGUCUUUUGAUACAGUAUUUUUAUUUUUGAUAUUAAGCUGAUUUCUGAGAGGUAGCUACUUUGGCUUCUAAGCUAUAAAGAAGUGGUUGAUAGGUAGAGCUACAUGCAAGGGAAAUGGCUGGUACAAGUGGCCACAACACACUUUACUUGCCCAUUAACAAUUCAAUUGCUGAAAAACAAUUCAAAUGUUUGGGGUUUUUUAAGGCAAAAAUGAGCUGGAGUGGACUUUUGUCCUUAACUGAGCAGUUCCAGGGUGGAACUGUAGACACUGAAGGCUGUACCAUGCUCUCACCCUCAGCACCCCAGGGCAGACACCUCCAGCUCAAGGUGUCACAGCCCUGGUUUCACAGGAGAUGCAGCACAGCUCUUCUCAUGUUUUUGACAGUAACCCAGCUGCUUCCCCUCUCACCUUGGCUGCUGCUCACCUUGGGCUACAUGGGCAUGUUCCCAUGAGAGGUUUAUGGUCAGAGAGGGGUGGCACCCUUCAGAACACAUGGUGAGGGGAAACUAUUGUUUUGUCCCAUUUCAGUGCAGGCAGAUGAAAACUGUAGUAACAAAUAAUUAACCCUGCCAACAGCUUUAAAAAAAAUUUGUCAGCAGCAAACUGAAGCCCUAAUUCAAGUCAGCAGCUUGGGUUAUGUUUGGGGUUUUUUACUGUAAGUUUAGCUAGUUUGUGACUCAAAUCUCAGGUUUUACUAUAUUGAAAAGUGGAGAAGAUUUUUGUCAUUGUUUCAUUUGUGGCUAGGAUGUGACUUUCAUUUCCUACUAUGGACUGUUGAAAAUAGCACUGAAAGCUACAGCAUUGAUUAACUUGAUCCUAAAAAGUGCAAAAGGCACAGAGAGGAGGCACCAAGUCACUGAGCCCAGAGGCUCUUUGUGCUGCGUCUGCAAGAGGCUGGACGAAGGGCCUGGGCACAGGAAAGGUUGACAUCACCCUGGACACUGUGUCAGGUGCUGGCUGUUCAUUGAACGUGCUGCCACAUGUCUCUGUUUACAUCUCCAGUGGAAGUGAUUACAUCACAACUAUUUUCAGCUGUGUAUUUGCCUAUGUAAACGGUUGAACCAGGGCUCCUCUCAGCCACAUUUCAGGAAAAGCCUGUGGCUUUGACUUAAACCAGUUAAUGGGAGUUAACACAUAUCAAUCCCUGGAGGCAGAUUCUUCCUCUUUUGUGCUCCUUCAGACAUGUGUGUUCUCUCCCAUUCUUUGUAUGUUUGGGGUUGAUUGCCUUCUGAGGAAUUGAAAUCUGGUCUUGUGGCUCCUUGUGAUUCCCAGUGUGUUCUGGAUGAAUCCAAGGUGUAGGCUUAGUAGUUAUAGGGGUCAGGUUCCCAUAGGAGGAAGCCUUAACCCCAUGUCCUGUACAGGGUGGUGCCCUGGCUCAUACCUCAGCUGGAGUCCUGUCCCUGAACAAUACUGGAAAUGGUUUGCAGAAGUCUGGAAGGGACAGUGGAGGAUGUGAGAGGGAAAAAUGUGUACAUGUUCAAUAUGAAUAUAAUGUAUGGCAUUUGGUGUGUGGCAUACUUGGCAUGUUGGGUGUAUGGUAAGCUGGUGAAAUGGUUCAGAGAGAUGUGAGUUUCUCAUCUUGUUGUGUCAUGAACAUUACCUGUAUGUUAUGAUGAAAUAAAAUCAGAAAUGGUACCUGUUUAUACAGAAG